AUGCCCUGGAACCCGUUCCAUCUCCGAUGUCCCCGCUGGCUGCGCGCCGAGAAAUCAGUGCCUGGAAACAAGUACCAGAAGCUUGACAGUGAAGAUGCGAAGACUGGCCUCUUUUCGAGUACAAAUACCCCCGUCUGUCGUCAGGAUCCUGAGGUCUCUCAGAGUCUCUCACAUCUCUCCUCCUACCCAAACGCUCAGGUCGCGAACCAGAAGUCGUUCAACCGUAACAAUCUCCAAACAGCAACCUACAAUCGUCAGCGAGCAAUGGCAGACCAAAACAGGGAAGCCGCAGCUCCAGUUGCGCGUCAGGCAACUUCUGAGUCUUCCAACCCUCGUGGUGAUACCCACACGCCCUACACCAUCAGCUCUGGAGAGUGGUGUCCUACUUGGAACACUGCGAACGACAACCUCCACGUUCACCACAUCCCCGAGAAGCAGAUGAAGGCUAGAUGGGAGAGCGUGCUGUCUGUCGCUUCGAUCGUCUACGGCAUCGCUAAGGUGUUCCUCACCAUCUGCCAGAAUUUCGGAGUCGAGCUCGACAACUCUCCUACAGGCAUCUUGUUUCACAUCGAGCAGGUUGAAGCCGAAAUGGUUUCUGACAACAUCGUCACCUUGAUUCUCGCAAUCGAGGACCUCUAUUACGUUUUGUACGCGCGGCUGGCCAUCGAGAUUGGCAACGUCCAGCUCUGCUCUUCUUUCAACUUGGACAUUCGUCGUCUUUCUAGCAAGGAUGCCGUCGUUCUUCCGGAGCCAAGCCAUCUACUCGCCAUCUUGAACAUCUGCAAAGACGUCCUUGACGCUCGCCAGGUCUGCCAGGUUCUCAACGAAGAGAUCCUCGAGCGUCACCAGGAAGAGUUUGUCCAGCAAGUCAUCAAGGAGUACAGCAACAUGGGCCGCCAGCCGGAUGAUAUGCUCGGAUACCGUCGUCACAUCCGCGAACUCGUCAGUGACCGGAAUUCUAGAUUUUCCCAGCAGUGGCGCGGCCUCAACCCUGUGUACCAGAUGGCGCCAAAGGAAAUCCUCGCCAUUCUCUCGGAAAAGUACCUCUCAGUGACACCUCCAGAGAAGCCUGCCAACAACGCCGUGACCUUGGAACUCCCAUUUGUCGACCCCAAUUCUGUCGACCCAGACGUCUGGGAACGCAAGAUCAUCCGCGCCCAUCGUCAGGCGACACUGGCCAUCCUGGAGGGCAAGAGCGUCGGGGAGGUGCGUCGUGAAGCCGACGAAGGCUUCAACGCCAUGGAUUACGUCAAGGAGCAGAAGUGCGUCUGCUUUAGCUUCUGCUCCUGCGCCGAGGAAUGCACCAGGGACGCGGAGCGCCUCUGCCCUUGUGCAGAGCGCGUGAUGCGUGCCCUGCUGGUCGAGCAGACCGGCCAGAACUUCGGCCAGCGAGGCACCUUGCUGGCCGAAGUAUGCUUCGAAGGGCUGUCGGCUGUCAGGCGGGACGCGUCGAGGUACGACAUGGCCCGAGAGCUCACCCUGGGCCUCGACCUCUUUAAGAACGAGGUCGUCAAGCACCGCGAGGCGAGGACAGGGAUAGGAGGGACGAAUGCAGUUUACCAAAUGCAGUUGUUAGUUUCCGAAUUCGCUGAUUGGGUGCAUUGUCGAGUUCCCACGUAUGCUCGUAGGGACCCAAGUACAACGCCUGCGGGCAAUCUAAUCUGGAAAACAACGUCUUUAAGGUCCUGUGGGGAGCAAAACCACUCCUAUCGGGCGCGCCGUUAUCGUCAUCUCAUCUCCAUCUUCCGUCCCAACUUCCAUUCAUCAGCAUGUUAUGAUCAUGCGCGGUUUAUGUGCGCCUGGGGUGCACGUCUGAGCGGGCAUGAUCACCACGUUUCUGUCCUCCCUGGCUACGAGUACGAUACCUUCGUCGACGUUCGCUGCUCGUCAGUGGCGGCUCCUGUUGAUCUCGAGUCCCCUGAAAACAACAUCAUCUCCACGCCAGACGCAACUGCGCCGGUAUCACGUCGCCAUCCCUGCAGCCAAGACCGGAGGCCCUUCGUCGGGGGCGAGCUCAUCCGGGGCUUGACCAACGGUGACGAUGCAAUCCUGGCUGCAGAGAACUUCAUCGGAGUGAACGAUGGGGUAGGAGCUUGGGCGACGAAACCCCAGGGCCAUGCGGCUUUGUGGUCGAGACUGAUCCUGCAUUUUUGGGCGCUCGAGUGUGAACGGAACGUCAACUGCACAACCGAGCCCGACGUCGUCGACUUCUUACAACGCGCCUACGAAGAGACCGUGAAGGCGACAAAGCAGUGGCUCGGAACUACCACCUCGGUGACCGCCCUCCUCCACUACCGUAACGACGAAGAAGGAGCACGGCCCUUGUUGUACGUGACCAACCUUGGGGACUGUCAGAUUCUUGUCAUCCGUCCCAGCCAGAAGAAAGUCCUCUUCAAAACGCGCGAGCAGUGGCAUUGGUUUGACUGUCCCCUUCAGCUGGGGACGAACAGCACUGAUGAGCCGCGGAACGAUGCGGUUCUCUCAAAGGUGGAACUGGAAGAGAACGAUGUUGUCUUGGCAGUAUCGGAUGGCGUCAUCGACAAUCUCUGGGAGCAGGAAGUCUUGACUGUGGUCCUUGAAAGCAUAGAGAAGUGGGAAGCGGGAGAAGGGGGCGACGCGGAAGGGGACCGUAUGGCAGGAGCUGGAGGAGGCAUGGUCUUUACGGCCAGGCGGCUUUUAAAUGCUGCGUUGAACAUUGCGCAGGAUCCUUUUGCGGAAAGCCCUUACAUGGAGAAGGCCAUUGACGAAGGCCUUGCCAUUGAAGGAGGCAAAAUGGAUGAUAUCAGUGUUGUCAUUGGACUGUGCAAGAAGAGGAAGCUUUGA